CGUACCUCGUGAAAAACCUUGGUGUUGCAAAAUGCGUUGAUUAUUGUUCAAACUCUCUUGACAUCCAAAAAAGGGAUAUACCACAUAGAAGAUACUUGCUAAGAUGCCUACAAAAGUUGCUCUAAUCACUGGCGGGGCGUCGGGAAUAGGUUUCGCUACUGCGAAAGCCCUCUCAAACCACUCAAGCGAAAACUGGGACAUUCACAUAGUCGACCAAAACGCCGAAGCAGGCAAAAAAGCAGCAUCUGAGCUAAAGAACGCCUUCUUUCAUCAAGCCGACGUUACAAGCUAUCAGUCCCUCAUUUCUGCCUUCGAGGUAACCUGGAGCAACGCCGAACGCCUCGACUUCGUAUUUGCAAAUGCCGGCAUCGUGGAAAGAGACAACUUCUACGCAAAGCAUGAUCUCAAUGGUCCACCUCCUCCACCACCAAACAAGUUCAGUACCGACAUAAACUACAAAGCCGUGGUUGAUACUUCGUAUCUCGCUUUGCACUAUUUCCGGAAGACCAAUGCCAGGAAUGAAGGCGAUGAAUUGGAUCCUGUGUUGAUCAUGACAUCCUCGUGCGGAGGCCUGUAUCCGAGCGAGUUCUGUCCCAUAUAUAGUGGAAGCAAGGCUGGAUUGAUACUUUUCAAUCGUGCAAUCGCAGUGGCAUAUCACAAUGAAGGCAUACGCACAUCUACCAUCUGCCCUGGAACUAUCAAAACGGCGUUGAUGUCGGAGGAAGAGUGGAAAUUCUUCCCGGUCGAGUAUUUUACACCAGUUGAGACGGUCGCUGAUACUGUCAUGAAGCUAGUUGAAGGUGCAGAAAUGAAAGAUGCGAAGGGGAUAACGAAGAGUAAGAAUAAAAUUUGGGGAUUGACGGUGGAGGUUAACGGAAGGAACUUUUACUUCAGGGAUGGGCCCGAGUACUGCGAUGACAAUAUGAAGAAGAUGAUGACGAAUACUAGUAUGACAAAACAGCUGGCGAGGAUUGAAGGCAAAAGCAAGUAGGGAUUGGACAACACAUCUGUGCGAUUAGAAAG